AUGCGUAGUAGACUUUACGUUCCUCUAAGCGUGCAACUUAAAUCGCGCAUGCGCGAUAGGAAGGUGAAACCGAGAGAUGUUUCUCCCAGUAUGGGCAGCCAGUCCUCCACCCACAAACACAUGAAGAUAUUCAAAAUAAGAACAAUUCAUGGAGGAGGAAGGUAUGGGGUGGGCGUCAGGACCCUGAGGGAACUGCUGGAGAAGGGCUGCAAGAAGUUCCAGCUGCCCGUCACAGGCUCCCGGGUUUGUCUGUAUGAAGAUGGGACAGAGGUCAGUGAGGAAUAUCUGCGGAAUCUUCCGGAUAACACAGAGCUGGUCCUGCUCGUGGCUGAUCAGAGCUGGGAGGGAGUUGUCACGGACAUUGACCGGCUGCUAAAUGCAUUUUACACGAGACAAACAAACGUUACUGAAGCAGCGAUGAAGCUUCUGAGCGAUGAGGGGGCCCCGCACCGGAGGAAGAUCCUCGUGGAUUUUAUUCAGAACCUGAAUGAAAACAUCUCGGCAGAGGAUCGGGAGGAUGACAAGCCCUGGUUUGAGGGGAUAGAGCCGCGAUACAAGACCAAGUCCGGUUACAUGAGGAACAGCUGUGAGAGCAGAAUCCGCAGUUACAUGAAGGAGGUUCAGGGCUCGGCUGCAGCCGCGGAUCCGGCGGUGAGAGACGACUACAAGCAGUUAAUAGAGUCCAUGUGCGCCGAGCUCCGAGCGGUGAAGUACAAUGGAUGUUACUUUGAUAGAACAGAAGAGAAGAUGGUCCGCCUAUGUACUCCGGAGGGAUGGUUCUCAUGCCAGGGCCCUUAUGAUGAGGAUGAGUGCAGCUCCAGACACUCCAUUAAUCCGUACAGUAACCGUGAGAGCAGAAUUCUCUUCAGUACAUGGAACCUGGACCACAGGAUCGAGAAGAAGCGAAGCGUCCUCCCCCGUCUCACCACGGCGCUGAUGGAGAGAGACAGGAGACAAAUCAACUGGAAAUAUUUCUUCAACCUCCUGUUUACUCUGGACAACCUGAAGCUUGUUCACAUCGCCUGCCACAAGAAGACGUGCCAUAACCUGACGUGUGACGACUCCAUGAUCUACGUCAAGAGGAAACCGGCCAAGAAGAUCAGGAACUGAGCCGAAUCCUCAGGACACAUUGUAUCUUAUUUAUUAUGUAUCAUGUGACUUUAAUUAAGGGGUUAUCUAGAUUAUGGUUAUAAUGGAAGGCCUUCUAGAUCAUGGGGGUCAUGAGCAGCUAUCUACUACUAGUUUUUAACUUAAAGGGGUACUCCGCUGCUCAGCGUUUGGAACAAACUGCUCCAAACGCUGGAGUCGGGAGCUCAUGACGUCAUGGCCCUGCCCCUUCAUGACAUCACACCCCACCCCCUCAAUGCAGCCGUCACGCCCCCUCCCAUCGACUUGCAUUGAGGGGGUGGGCUGUGACAUCAUGAGGGGACGGGGCUAUGACCUCAUGAGCUCCCGAUGCCGGCUCCAGCGUUUGGAACAGUUUGUUCCAAAUGUGGAGCAGUGGAGUACCCCUUUAAGGGGUACUCUGCACUUAGAAUCCAAAGGAUAGGGGAUAAUACAUCUGAUCGUGGGGGUCCCGCCGCUGGGGACCCCUGCAAUCUCCCUACUGCACCCAGUGUUCUUUUAGAGCGUCGGGUGCAGUGCCAGAGACUCGUGGCAUCAUGGCCGCACCCCCCAAUGAAAGUCUAUGGGAGGGAGCAUGAUGUUCGGCAGGCCCCUCCCAUAGACUUGCAUUGAGGGGGCGUGGCUGUGACUUCACGAGCCUGCGCCCCACAUCACCAGUCAUCCAGCAGGGAACAAAGUUUGCUUUGUGCAGCGGAUGUCUGGGGUGCCGCUGUGGACCCCCACGAUCAGACAUCUUAUCCCCUAUACUUUGGAUAGGGUAUAAGAUGUCUAGGAGUGGAGUACCCCUUUAAAGAAUACCUCCAAUGAAAAAUAAAAACCUAACGGGCUCUUGAUAUACUUGGCCUUAUACGCGGGAGCUGCAGCCCGGUCAGUGUCUACGAGCUCACAUUACCUCCCGCUCCUUUCAGUGCCUGGGCUGCUGUAAUCACAGGACUUUACUAAAGGGAAUCUGUCGGCUGCAAUUCACAUUCCUAUCUGCUGACCCUGUUAGAUGCUGUUAGGGCAAGGAGAGACAUGGCGCCUUUCAUGUAUCUGUCUGUGUUUUAUAAUGAAUUUAUAAUGUAGCUUUUAUUCUCUGGUUCCCUGCUUGACUGGAAGCCGAGCCCUGUUUCCAAAUAUCACACCUGCAAACCAUGAAGACGUUCCAGUCCUCAGCACUAUAGGGGAUUGGAAACACCUCUAUAUACCACAGACAGAUAUAUGACAAAAAUAUUGGCUUGUACUUCCUAGUUUGGGUAAAAUAUUCCACUUUUUCUAUGGCGGACGCCAGCAGGGAGGAAGUAAAGGGCCUCAGUAAUUCAUUCUCCCUCUUCUCCGGGUUUUAUUGAGAUAAAUUAAUUUAUUACGACGCUCAAAGAGCGGCUCAGCGUUGGAUUUUAUAUCAGGAACUUAUUUUAUAUUUUACGUUUUUUUUAAAGUGAAUCGCUGGAUGCAGCGUCCAUAAUACCUCAUUUUAUAUUCACUCGUACAGAAUAAUGUCACAUGCACUGAUGAUUUUAUACAGUAUAUAUUUUUUAUUCCGAUUAAAAUACUUUUAUUAAGUACAGAGGAGUGUGGAUCUUGUUAUACCGAAUGUUACACAUAGGGAGGGGUUAUGGCUGAUGCCCCUUGUAUCUACCACAUUGAGGGGGUAAAUCCUUCUGUACCGUGUCUUGUGUCAGUCUGUGGGUUUAAAGGAACAGGAUCCGCUCCGUUUCACGCUGUCCUUAUGUGACGGACGUGUUACUAAUAUCAACAAAUUGGGGGGACAGCCCCCAAGGGGUACCCUAAACUAGAACCCCCCCCAAAAAAUAUAUGAAAUAUAACCUUUAUUUCGCACUUUAAGAUAAUGGUGAAAGACAAAUGUGGUAAUUCACCUAAACACCACUAGGUGUCAGUAUUAGAGAUGAGCGAACUUACAGUAAAUUCGAUUCGUCACACACUUC